UUUCUGGACAGGUUCUGAAAUACGCACUCAGGGGUCAAGAAAUACAUUUUUUUCCACCCAAGAUUGAAAAACCCGAUGUCAUUGUCUGGGUACAUGACGGCAGCAACGUGGUCGAGUUUAACAGCAUGACGGAAGAAACUUACGUGCUCCCACCGUACCAGAACAGGGUGAUUCUGGAUCACAACACGGCAGAACUCACUAUCAGAGGCGCCGCAUAUGAAGACAGUGGAAACUAUGACUUGAAGUUCAAAAUAAACGAUGAACAUCAGCGUAUCAAGUUUAGAGUCGACGUUAUCGACAAAGUAAGAAAACCCAACUUAUCCUGCGAGAUGAUCAACGCAAGCAGGGCGACGUUGGUGUGCGCAGCAGAGUGCAAUUGUCCACAUUUGCUGAAGUUUAAGUGGCACUCACAGGGAAAGAAGUGGGCUGGCCCAAAUUUAACAAUAACACUAAUCAAUGAAGACGAUGAUCAGGUUUAUCAGUGUGAUGUGAGCAACACUUUGACCAAUGAAACAUCCACGUUCACCGCUAAGGACUGCUUCCAAGGAAAAACACCAGCUCCUGUUCUUUACAGAAGGGAAGAAACCCCACCGGUUUUGUGGUUCGUCGUCACGUUUGCGUUGGGCUUCAUUGCCGGCUACCUAUUCCGCCGAAAAUUUCCAUGUUCAGAAUGUUUUCAAAAGAUGAAGAGGCACUUUGGGAGAAGACAGAAGAAAGCGACUGAGGGAUCCACUUGAAUGAAUUGUGUGCAAAGAUUGAUUGGAGAAAUUCAAAGCACUCAUCGCGCAAUGAGGACAACAAUCAUAAAAAGCAAAGCGUGGACAUUUGCAUUAUCAGAUGGGAAAAAUAAGCAAUGGCACCUCCUGCCCCACUGACACAGGAACACAAGUUUCCCCGUUCACUGCCAUUGAUAUAUGGACCAUUUAAGGGAUUUCAGUGAUUCCGUUUUUGUACCCCUCAUCCUCACUAAUAUCUUACAAAAUAAGGGCUGAAAGUGUCAUGUAAAUUUUGAUAUUUUCAAAUUCCAUUGCUCUUGCACGCCCUCUGAGGUCCAGAGUUCAAAUCCUCACCUGCGUGGAUGGAGUUUGCAUGUUCUCCCAGUGUCUGUCUGUGUUUCCUCCAGGUAACCCACAUUCCAAAAACAUGCGUGACUGGAAAGUAAAUUGCACAUAAGUGUGAGUAUGAAUGGUUGUUGGUCUAUGUCCGUGUACCCCUGCGAUUGACUGGUGAGCAGUUCAGGCUGUACCGUCUCUUGCCUGAAGGACGCUGGGGUGGGUUCCGGCACACCGGCAACCCUUGUGACGACAAAGCAGUACAGAAAAUGGACGGCUGGAUGGAUCGUUGUUCGCUCUGGGGUGCUUCAUCAGUAUCACAUGUCUUGUAUUUGCUUGUACAACUACAGUACUGUAUUUGUAGUGCCUUUCUUGGCUCGUUUCCUUAGAGGAUGCAAUUAUACAAUAGUUGAUAUAUUGAAAUCGAUUGACUCGUUACAGCUUGCUGGAGUCAGCUGUCAAUCACAGGUCUGACGUGGUGAUUAUAAUGUGAAAUAUUAUAUAAUGCACAAAUAAAUGUAGUCGUCGUCGUCCCCCCCCCCCCACCCCCGAAUAAGUCAAAUUUCCGCUUUAUUGAAUCUAGUUAUUGGGCAUUAAUGUAAAUAGGAUCUGCACUGAGUCGCAGACAUGACAUGGGGGGUGGGACUUUUUCGUGCGCAUUAACUGCUACAAGAUGCGCAUUAUGUGUAAGAAACAGUUAUUUCAUACGCACAAAGUAGUAGUUUGUGCUCAUGAAAUAGAGGGUGUGCGCAAAAUAGCAACGGCGCUACACUGGACAGGAGGGUAAGCAAAUCGAGCGUCCCCCUUUUCCUGUAGUUUUAGGUCGAAGUGGGGCUAAAGUCGUGAGAUACACGAUGGGACAGGGACGUUGAAGAGAUGGUAAGAAUAAAAUAAUAGCAUUAAAACUGAAAUCUCGAAUUUCAAGUGCAUUAAACAAACACUUAAAAGUUAGAGGAAUGCAUAGACCACCGCACUUGAUGAUUUUUGUGACUGUAAUAUGAAUAAACGUCCUGCACGAUUGUUUUGCACGUACAAUGUGUUUUGUUUUUUUUACUUUCAAUUCCAAUUGUGGGUGGGGCGCGUCAAAUGCUUGAAGGAAAUUCCGAAGAUUAGCAAGACUUGAUCGACGAUAAACCUUUUUUAAUAUUUUACCAUGGUCUUGGAGUAUUUUAUUUUUACUUUCGGACUCGUUUCUGGACAGGUUCUGAAAUACGCACUCAAGGGUGAAGCUAUAAACUUGGUUCCACCCAGAAUUGAAAAGCCCAAUGUCAUUGUCUGGGUACAUGACGGCAGCAACGUGGUCGAGUUUAACAGCAUGACGGAAGAAACAUACGUGGUCCCACCGUACCAGAACAGGGUGAUUCUGGAUCACAACACGGCAGAACUCACUAUCAGAGGCGCCGCAUAUGAAGACAGUGGAAACUAUGACUUGAAGUUGAAAAUAAACGAUGAACAUCAGCGUAUCAAGUUUAGAGUCGACGUUAUCGACAAAGUAAGCAAACCCAACAUAUCCUGCGAGAUGAUCAACGCAAGCAAGGCGACGCUGGUGUGCUCAGCAGAGUGCAAUUGUCCACAUUUGCUGAAGUUUAAGUGGCACUCACAGGGAAAGAAGUGGGCUGGCCCAAAUUUAACAAUAACACUAAUCAAUGAAGACGAUGAUCAGGUUUAUCAGUGUGGUGUGAGCAACCCUUUGACCAAUGAAACAUCCACGUUCACCGCUAAGGACUGCUUCCAAGAACAAACACCAGCUCCUGUAAUUUACAGAUGGGAUGAUAUGGGAGGGUUUUGGGUGAGUUUCAUCACAAUCUUUAUGAUCGGCUUCACCACUGGCUACAUGGUACGCCGAAAGUUUCGAUGUUCAGAAUGCUUUCAAGCAAUCAAGAAAAGGCGCCAUAAAAGAAAACAAAACAAAAGGACUGGUGAAACCGCUGCCUUUGAGAAAUCACCUCCACUCUUGGAUCAAGGACAACAAUCAAAAGCAAAACCUCGACAGGAGCAUUAUCACCCCCCCCCCCCCAAAAAAAAAGCUACCUCCUGCCACUCUGACACAGGAACACAAAAGUUAUCUCAUCCACUGCCAUUGAUUCUAAAUAAUUAUUAAUCUAAUUAUUUUAAAUGUUACAAAAUAAGUCAUCAAAACAUAAUGUAAAUGUGGAUAUUUUUGCCCUUUAUUUCUUAUCCGCUAUUCUUGCACUCUUUCUGAUUAGCGUGUUUCCCCCUGUGUGGUAAGGUUGAUUGAACUCUAAAUUUCCCACCGAUGUGAAUGUCAGUGCGAAAGGUUGUUUGUCUACAUGUGCCCGUGAGAUUUAACUGGCGACCAGUUCGUGGUGGCACCGCACCUCCCUACCCAGAAUCGCCCGAGAUAAGCACCAGCACGCCCACGACACUCAUGAGGACAAAGAAUGUCAAGCUUAUCCUAAUUUAACUGGAAGAGAAGGUGAAUGCGUGAGGAAUGAAAUGAAAAUGUGAAAUCAUAGUCACUGAAAACUCAUCUCUGGGCAUUAAUAGUGACUGGAUAUGAACUAAGUAAUGCCGACAGAUAUGAUGGUUUGCUGAAGAGUGACAAUCAUGGUCAGGUUCCAGUGCUAAGAUAAGAAAAGGAAUCAAGUUCUGGGAAAGAAAGAGAAAAGGGAACCAAGCAGCAAUGAUAUUUUCUUGUCAGUAGGGGGCAGUGUUUAUUCAUUUAAACAAGCCUCACGCGUAUCAAGAAUUUGCUUUAAAAUUCAAAGCGAAUUCAUUCAUUCUGUUCAAGUUUUAAUGAGCCAGCAAAAAAAAUAAAUUCUGCGCUUCCGUUUGAACAAAUCAUGUUGUG